GUCGACUUGAAGGCAUUGAGAUGAGCUUGAGAGAAUGUGAGGAACAAGUUGCUAGUCAAAGGGACAUAAGUCUAGAUAAGGAAAAGUUAUCUCAACAAAUACAGGAUCAGAGACUAGUUAAUGCCAAAAUAGCUAGUAAUCGAAGUCUGUUGGAAAGAUUAUGUUUAGAUGUUGAAGGCAACAAUGAAGCAGAACAAAAGUUAAAGAAUCUUAUGGAGCUAGCUGAAGCACUUGAGACUCAGGCAGAGGAAAGGACUCAAGAAUUUGAAGAACUUUUGACCAACAUAGUUGAGUAUGAGUCUAAAGCUGUAGAGUUGGACAGCUGCGGCUCUCUGAGUCCAUCAAAACUCUCAAGCCAAAAAGUGGAGCUCCUAAACCAACAAAAACAAAGGUAGAAGGUCUGUAUGAAGGUAAGGCAGAGAAAGAUGGAGAGAUGGAAACGUUAAGACAGAUGUGUGGUCAUUUAUCUGAAGCUAAUGGGGUCAAGGAUAAAUAUGCAUUAAAAGAACUGCUGGCUGAUGUAGAGACCAAAUGGAAUGACCUAACAGAACUUUUAGUCCAGCAGGUCUCUUUGGAGGCUUUGUCCGAAAUUGAUGGCAUGUUGAAAUAUUUAGAUAAAGCUGAAAAUGAAAUCAAUACAGCCGAAUCUAUCAGCAUCGAUCCUGAGACUUUGAGUAUACAGUUGAGAGAACACAAGAUAUUCGACACUGAUUUAAAAGGCAAGCGCAAUGCUGUAAAAGACAUUAUCGACAAGUGCACACAUAUGCUUAGAGAGACAGCUAAUUCCCAAUCAGAUGAGAUCAAGUUUCGUCUAGACACCAUUACACAGCAGGCUGACCUAGUUUGUCAGCUGAGUGCUGAUAGACUUCACCAGUUAGAGGCUGCUCUACCAUUAGCUACUCACUACGGAGAAAACCAAACAGAGGUCUGUGCAUAGCUGGAUGAGAUGGAGGCAGAGCUUGUUGCUCAGGGUGAGCCUGGACUAAAUCUGGAGCAAGUGAAAAAACAACAGGAUAAUUUAAAGGCCAAUCAGCAAAUAAUUGAAGAUCGCAAGUUAUUUAUAGAUGAUCUUAACUCCACUGGCCUUGAACUUAUGGAUAUCUGCGCUGAACAAGAUGCAGUGGACAUUCAGAAUAGGUUACUUGACAUUAACAAGAGAUAUGAGGGUUUGAAGUCAAAGGCUCAUACUAAAUCAAGGGAUUUGACAGAUGCAAAACGAAAACUAACCCAAGAGGCUGGAGAUACAUUAGAUCAUUUAAAGGAUGAGUUGGAUGGACUUCAUCAAACUGUCACCAAUGCUGAUCCUAUUCCAUCGUCUCCAGAGAAACUGAGAAAUGAAAUUGAUGAAAAUAAGGCUGUGUUAGAAGAUCUGGAGCAUCAAAAACAAGCUUUAGCUAAAGCUGAAGAUGUUGCUAAAAAUCCCAAGGCUUAUGGUGUUGAGGAUCUUACAGAUGCUGAAGAACUGCAGCACAAAUACAAGGAAAUAUGUGACAUGUCUAAAGAUAUACGGUUGAUGGCGGAGGCUCGAGACAAGAAUCUGACAACUGCUCUGAAACUGUCUGAGAGAUUCUAUGACAUGUCAGUGGAUGUGAUGUCAGGACUAAGAGAUCCUCUAGAAUACACUGCUGUCUAGCACUGUUACACUCAUGUCUAGAUAAUAGCUACAAGGGAUGGGUUUCACUAUAAGUUGGUUUGUUAAAAUUUAUAUUUAUAAUAUAUAUAUAUAUGUACAGAACUAUUUAUGCAACUAACUGCUGUUAAAAGUUAGGAUAGUGAUGUGAUCAAAUAGUGUUGAGUGACCUUUUGGUUUUUCAUGGGACAAGAAAACAGAAGACACUGCAUGCACAGAAUAGCUCAAGUUUUGAAAUACAUAGUUCAGUGCCUUCACAUCAAACUAGUGAUUGUGUUUAGAAUGUAUUGUUUUAACAUCUUAAUUAUAGUUGUUGAACUUUGGUCUCCCACCUAGUAAAUUGAUAGGAUCCACUGAAGUCAGUUGUAUAUUGAUCAAGGCAAGUAUCCAUUAGAGUAUGUACAUAGUUGAGUGACAAUAGCCACUAGAGUAUGUUGUUUCUGAUGUUACUAUCUUUCUAUCCCAUAAUUCUCUUGGUGAGCACAUAAUGUAGUGAUGCUAUAUUUUGUACAAACUAUUAAACUAUCUCCAUACAAUC